AUGACUAUGUCUUUGGGCGUCUUUUCGAGUAUCUUUCUGGCUAACAUGGCGUCGCUGGCAAGAUGUAAAUUGGCCAUAAAACUGUUAUUAGGGCUCCCAUCUGCUCAGCUGUCACCACGCCGCUCGUCACUACGCAUCGGCCAUCACUCGCCCGUCAACUUCAGUCCAUCGCCAAACCUCUCAGCAAAAAUGGCUCGGAUUAAGGUGCACGAGCUCCGGCAAAAGAGCAAGGCGGACCUGCUGCAGCAGCUGAAGGAGCUCAAGGCGGAGCUCUCGCUGCUGCGCGUGGUGAAGGUCACCGGCGGCACCCCAACAAGCUGUCGAAGAUUGUAA